UGUGUUUCUUCAUCAUGUUGUAGCAGCUACGGUUAACUAUGUCUAAAAGAAUAGACUUUAUCAAACCCCUGAGUAAAAGUAGCUCCUUAAUUAUAUGUUACUGAAGUGUGACAUUUUCAGUAGAAGUUGUUUUUAUCUCUUUUGGUUCUUGUAGCGCCUCGAAGUUGGUUGAAAUGAAGACUAUCUGUGAUGGAAAAUCUGCAGAGUUCCUGGUCCACGCGUCCCUGCUGUAUAAAGACACCUGUCCGGAGCUGGCACGAUUCCUAAUGCAGCGGCCAAUGAAAGUGAAGGAUACACUGAAGCAUAAAUCCUCCUCUCUGUGUCAGAGUACCUCAGUGUGUCCGCACUGUUUUCAGUGGUUGCCACCCGCCAAUCACCGGGUCAGACUGAGGCCCAAGCAGCGUCCAUCGGCCCGGGUACAGAGUGUCCUUCGCAGAAAGGCCAGGGGUAAAUGGCUCAGUCUGGUGCAGAAAAACCUACUGCAGCGAUUCUACAAGUCCUCCUCUGUACUGAUGGCCACCUGCCACACUUGCAAUAAGACAUCCAGACACAAAGGAAUGAACAGGGAGUUUAUAGGUACCCUCGCUAAGACCCACAACACACCAGGGAGCGUUGGGAAGCACAAGACGCCACAGUCGGCGAACAGAUCCAACAUGACUACCCCCAAGACUCCUGGCAAAGACAAGACACCUCUUCACACGUCUAGAUCUUCCACCUCCUCCGCUUCCUCCAACACCCCGGCGUCGGACUCGUCAUCCUCUUCCUCCAAGCCUCCCAAGGCAAAAAACUGGGUCGUCCAGCGUCUGAGCAAGAUCCUCAUGCGAGAGGACAACCAGGGGAAAAAGAAGGGGGGGUUGAAAGACUUUCUGUCCUCACUUUGAUUAUUCCAAAUGCAUCUGGCUUUUAUUCCUGUGUUUCAAAACAAAGGGUGGAAGAGACCCUCACUGUAACCUGAUUACACCAAAGGCUAAAGGUGGGAACUUAAGAGAGUAACUUUAGUUUCCAAGCCAGUGUAGGAAGGGUGACAGUCUGCCAGCUAACACAUCUUUCACUGGGCUCUUUGGAACGCUGCUCCUGGAAAACUGAGCAACCUGGAGAAACAGGGCUGAUUAUUUCAACUAUUAAUCAGGGUUUAUUACACCUUCCGCUGAGCUAUUUGAAGCAGAACACUUCUUACAAUAUCAGCUCUUGCCUCUUGUGAUCCUCUAAACUGGGGAUGUUACUUAAAGUGAAAUGUCUGAGGAAUAAUGUAUAUUUAUCAAAUGGCUGAACUGCAGCACCAAGCCGUAUGUUGCUAAGUGGUGGCGCUUUUUGGCAUGAAAAAGCUGGUUUACAUGCCAUCAUCCUUUUCCAAAGUGAUCAUUUUAGAUUUUUUUUAGUAAAUACAAAUGAUAGUAUUUGGUAUUCAUGCUACGUAAUGUUCAAAGUUUUGUAUUUGAAGUUUAUUUUUCAUGUUUCUGAUGCUGCUGGCUAAACAUGACAGUGAUGUUUAUUGUGUUUUUAUUUGUUUUGCCACAGUGACAUUUUUGUACAUGUACAUGAAUGAUUAUGAAAGUUGGCAAUGAAUAUCUUUGUGGUUAUCAUCUAAAAUGGGACUCAUCAUUUGCUGUUUACAUUAAACAGGGAUAUCUGCCUUGGACAUGUACAGAAAAUACUAAAUGAUGAAAGUCAGCACUUCGUUAUUAUUUAGGCUGUUUUUUUUCAUCUUUUUUGUUAAAAACAGAAAUUUGAAAAUCUAUCUCUUGCAUUUUGUACUGCCUGAUGUUGUACAAUUACCUGUUCAACGUACAGUAUGUAUUUAUAUCCUGAAAUACCUCACAUUUUUAUUGUAACUACACCUUAAUUCUCUAAAAUAAAACAUUUUUGAUCUGC